UGUUAGCUGGGUGGUGAGGAACGCGUGAGCACUCGCUACUGUAGAUUUGCAACUGUUCGUAGAGAGGGAGAGCGCGCCAGAGAGAGCGCAAGAGAGUGAGGUAGCAAGUGCCAGGGGACCUAGAGGAGAGAGGACAAGAAAGUGAGGGCCCAAAGACCUACGAUUUGAGACUGAAUGACCAUGGCUGUUUCCGCAUCUCCGGUGAUCUCUGCAACUUCCAGCGGCACCGGAGUCCCGGGGAGCUUAUUUGGGGAUGAACCCCUGUACUCGACUCCGGGAGAGCCUCCUCGUCUCACCCCCAAGAUGAUCAACAGUUUCAUUGCCAAUAACCACAGCGGCAGCGCUGGAGUUGGCGGGCUUGGUAGUGGCAGUGGCGGCAGCGGCAGCACCAACGAAUGCCGAAUGGUCGACAUGCACGGGGUGAAGGUGGCUUCGUUCUUGAUGGACGGGCAGGAACUGAUCUGCCUGCCCCAAGUUUUUGAUCUCUUCCUUAAGCACCUGGUGGGAGGAUUACACACGGUUUACACCAAGCUGAAGAGACUGGACAUAUCCCCGGUGGUAUGUACUGUCGAGCAGGUCCGGAUCCUCCGCGGCUUGGGGGCCAUCCAACCCGGGGUGAACCGCUGCAAACUGAUCACCAGGAAAGACUUCGAAACUUUGUUCACUGAUUGCACCAAUGCCAGAAGGAAGAGGCAAAUGACAAGAAAACAAGCUGUUAACAGGUAUAGCUACUGGGGUCUUACAGGAGCUGAGGUGGUGUGA